AAAUCGACUUAAAGCCUCCAGAGAAGUAGAAUCUGUAGACCUUCCAAACUGCCACCUGAUUAAAGGAAUUGAAGCUGGCGCUGAAGAUAUUGACAUACUUCCCAAUGGUCUGGCUUUCUUCAGUGUGGGUCUGAAAUUUCCAGGACUCCACAGCUUUGCACCAGAUAAGCCUGGAGGAAUACUAAUGAUGGAUCUAAACAAAGAAAAACCAAGGGCUCUGGAAUUAAGAAUCAGCCGUGGGUUUAACUUGGGUUCAUUUAAUCCACAUGGCAUCAGCACUUUCAUAGACAAUGAUGACACAGUUUAUCUCUUUGUUGUAAACCACCCGGAAUUCAAGAAUACAGUUGAAAUUUUUAAAUUUGAAGAAGAAGAAAAUUCUUUGUUGCAUCUGAAGACCAUCAAAGAUGAGCUUCUUCCAAGUGUGAAUGACAUCGUAGCUGUUGGACCCACACAUUUCUAUGCCACCAAUGAUCAUUACUUUUCUGACCCUUUCUUAAAGUAUUUGGAAACAUACUUGAACUUGCACUGGACAAAUGUUGUUUACUACAGUCCAAAUGAAGUGAAAGUGGUAGCAGAAGGAUUUGAUUCAGCCAACGGGAUCAAUAUUUCACCUGAUAAAAAGUAUCUCUAUGUUGCUGACAUAUUGGCUCAUGAAAUUCAUGUUUUGGAAAAACACCCUAAUAUGAAUUUAACUCAAGUGAAGGUACUGAAGUUGGAUACACUGGUGGAUAAUUUAUCUAUCGAUCCUUCCUCGGGGGACAUCUGGGUAGGCUGUCAUCCUAAUGGCCAGAAGCUCUUCGUGUAUGACCCGAACAAGCCUCCCUCAUCAGAGGUUCUCCGCAUCCAGAAUAUUCUAACUGAGAAGCCUACGGUGACUACUGUGUAUGCCAACAAUGGAUCCGUUCUGCAGGGGAGUUCUGUGGCCUCAGUACAUGAUGGGAAGCUACUCAUAGGCACUUUAUACCACAGAGCCCUGUAUUGUGAACUCUAAGUUACAUGUUGGGUAGGCAAGUGUGAUCAUUUCUCUUAACAAUUAAUUUUCUAUGAAUUGCUAAUACUGAGAGCAUAUUGAUCCAGAAAUGUAUGGCAUGUGUAGUUAAUUUUAUUUCAGAAUGGAAAAGCCCUUUCAGUUUUAUAGUAUUUUCAACAUAAAAGGAAAAUGAAUAUAUAUAUAUAUUUUUUUUGAAAUGCCAAGCAAGGAAGAGAGAAGAAAACUGCUUCCCAGUAAGGUGAAUCCACUUUGCACAAAAUAAACCUCUUCUUUGCCUUCCAACUUCCAGACCUUGCAUUCCACUGAAACAGGGUGACUUCUAUUUCCUUUAAACAUGAGGGACCUCAGCUUACCAUGGUGACCACUGUGAUGGCUUGGGACUACUAAUAGAUAACACGUGUUGGUGUUUUGUAUUUAGGUCUCUGUUUACUACUACAGAAUUAGAGUUCUAUUAAAGACUAACUGAAAUCCGA